UGAUAAGCUGCUGUUUGCUACAAUGACAACAUUAGUAAACUAGAAAAGAAAAAAGGACUUUCCCUGGCUAAAGCCACACCCCCAGAAUGCUGAAGGAAGAGGGGCUGGUUGUCUGUGCUGACAACACAUCACACGCCAACUUCUCCGACUUCACACUCGAUUACGGCUGUUAAGAAAGGCAAAGCAUGACUGUGGACUACGGGAUGUGUGCGCGUCGGCUGCUUCGAAGGUGUGUCAUCUUAUUCCUGGUAUCGGUUCAGUUCAUUCAAAGUAAAGAUGUCACCAUGGUGAUAGGAGAGGUGGGUGGGGCUGUGACCCUCCCCUGUACCUCUGACAUCCAGAGACUCCCAAACCACCUGUAUGUACAGAGACCUGACCCAAACAAGUUCAUUAAUGGCUACCAUAAGACGAGGGACUUACCAUCCCCUCACCCGGAGUAUGCAAACCGUACUCAAGUAGACCACACACAGGGAACAAUGAGGCUGUGGAGUAUACGGCUGUCAGAUGAGGGGCUGUACGAAUGCCACAUCGGAUACCCAACCAAGAACAACCAGAAGAACAUACAACUCAGUGUGACAGCCAACUACAGCACCCCCAAUGUAACAGUGGCCUGUGACAACGGCAGCUGCUUGGUGACAUGUUCCUCUGACAACGGUUACCCUCGUAGGGAUGUUGAGUGGAGCCUGAACCCUCCUCUGAACCAGAGCCACUGGGGAGUAGUGAACAGCAGUGUGGGGACAGACCCGGUCUCUAUGCUGUUCUCUGUCUUCAGUUCCAUAUCCAUCAACUGCUCCUCUGGACCCCUGCUGAACCUCAGCUGUGCUGUAGGGGGCGCCCUCUCACAGGAACACAUUGUCUGCAGGCAUCCUGAUAUCUCUGUUGUCUCUGUGAUCUCUGCUGUCUCUGUGAUCGCUGCUGUUCUGCUGUGUUUCCUGGUUCUGGUAUCGAGCAGCAAGAAAAAGAAGGCUCAGACAGCCAGAGGAGGAAAGGGAGCAGCAAGUUCAGAGGAAAAUGUACAGCUGACCUGAAGGAACCCAGAAACUUGAACAUUUGGAAGGCACUUUAGAGAAGUGUACACUUAUCCAGUGAGCACUUAUCAGGGAUGGACUGUAUUCAACUGAUGAAUACUGGAAGUGGAUACUGGAAGUGAAUACUGGAAGUGAAUACUGGAAGUGGAUACUGGAAGUGGAUACUGGAAGUGAAUACUGGAAGUGAAUACUGGAAGUGGAUACUGGAAGUGAAUACUGGAAGUGGAUACUGGAAGUGAAUACUGGAAGUGAAUGUGUCUGUCCGUAAUAGAUCUUACCUCAGAUCCUAUACCAGCAUCUCCCAAUAGGUCCGAGUCCACCCCACAUACAGUUGAAGUCAGAAGUUUACAUACACUUAGGUUGGAGUCAUUAAAACUAAUUUUUCAACUACUCUACAAAUUUCUUGUUAAUUAACAAACUAUAGUUUUGGCAAGUU